AUGGGGGUCGCGGGCCGCGGCUGUCCGGGGCCCGCCCGGGCGCUGCUGCCGCUGCUGCUACCGCUGCUGCUGGCGGCCGCCGUCCCGCCCCGCCGGGGCCGCUCCGCGGGGCCGCCAGAGGAAGUGGACGAGUGUGCCCAAGGGCUGGAUGACUGCCACGCGGACGCCCUGUGCCAGAACACACCCACCUCCUACAAGUGCUCCUGCAAGCCUGGCUACCAAGGGGAGGGCCGGCAGUGCCAGGACAUUGAUGAGUGUGAAAAUGAACUCAAUGGAGGCUGUGUCCACGACUGUUGGAAUAUGCCGGGCAACUACCGCUGCACUUGCUUUGAUGGCUUCAUACUGGCUCAUGACGGCCACAACUGUCUUGACAUGGAUGAGUGCCUGCAGAACAAUGGCGGCUGCCAGCACACCUGCCUCAACGUGCUGGGCAGCUACGAGUGCCUCUGCAAGGAGGGGUUCUUCCUGAGUGACAAUCAGCACACGUGCAUCCACCGCUCAGAAGAAGGCCUGAGCUGCAUGAAUAAGGAUCAUGGCUGCAGUCACAUGUGCAAGGAGGCCCCGCGGGGCGGUGUCGCCUGCGAGUGUAGGCCUGGUUUUGAGCUGGCCAAGAACCAGAGAGACUGCAUCUUGACCUGUAACCAUGGAAAUGGUGGGUGCCAGCACUCCUGUGAAGACACAGCUGAAGGCCCAGAGUGUAGCUGCCAUCCACAGUACAAGAUGCACACAGAUGGGAGGAGCUGUCUUGAGCGAGAGGACGCGGCGCUGGAGGGGACGGAGAGCAACACCACGUCUGUGGCUGACGGGGAUAAGCGGGUGAAGCGACGGCUGCUCAUGGAGACAUGUGCUGUCAACAAUGGAGGCUGUGAUCGCACCUGUAAAGAUACUUCGACAGGUGUGCACUGCAGCUGUCCCGUUGGAUUCACUCUCCAGUCGGAUGGGAAGACUUGUAAAGAUGUUGACGAGUGCCAGACCCGCAAUGGGGGUUGUGAUCAUUUCUGCAAAAACACCGUGGGCAGCUUUGACUGCAGCUGCAGGAAAGGAUUUAAAUUAUUAACAGAUGAGAAGUCCUGCCAAGAUGUGGAUGAGUGCUCUCUGGACAGGACCUGUGACCACAGCUGCAUCAACCACCCUGGCACGUUUGCUUGUGCUUGCAACAAAGGGUACACCCUGUACGGCUUUACCCACUGUGGAGACACCGACGAGUGUAGCGUCAACAACGGCGGCUGUGAGCAGGUCUGCGUGAACACAGCAGGCAGCUACGAGUGCCAGUGCCAUCCGGGGUACAAGCUCCACUGGAAUCAGAAAGACUGCGUGGAAGUGAAGGGGCUCCUGCCCACUAGUGCGUCAGCCCCCGUGUCCCUGCGUUGCAGUAAGAGUGGCGGAGGAGACAGGUGCUUCCUAAGAUGUCACUCUGGCAUUCACCUCUCUUCAGGACUGCAAGAGGCCUACUCUGUCGCCUGCGGCUCUCCCUCUCCUCUCAGGAGCAAACAGCAAAAAUCCAAUGACUCUGCCUUUAGGGAUGUCGCCACCAUCAGGACAAGUGUAACGUUUAAGCUAAAUGAAGGCAAGUGUAGUUUGACAAAGGCUGAGCUGUUUGCCGGGGGUCCGCGACCUGCGCUACCAGAGAAGCGCAGCUCGGUAACAGAGAGCUUCCGCUACGCAAACCUUACAUGCAGCUCCGGCCAGCGCGUCCCGGCAGCCCCUGGCCCACCCAGCGCCCCUCAGGAAAUGUUGGUCACUGUUGAGUUUGAGCUUGAAACUAGCCCGCGGGAGGCGACAGCUUCCUGUGAUCUGCACUGCUUCGUAAAGCGAACAGAGAAGCGGCUGAGGAAAGCUGUGCGCACGCUCAGGAAGGCUGCCCACGGGGAGCAGUUCCACCUCCAGCUCUCGGGCCUGGACUUCAACGUGGCCAAAAAGUCACCCCGAACAUCAGAACACCGGGCGGAGCCCUGUGGAGUGGGCCAGAGCCAUGUGGAAAACCAGUGUGUCAGUUGCAGGGCUGGGACAUAUUACGACGGAGCCCAAGAACGCUGCGUUUUGUGUCCAAACGGAACCUUCCAAAACGAGGAGGGACAAAUCACCUGUGAACCGUGCCCGAGACCAGAUAAUGCUGAGGCCCUGAAGAGCCCAGAAGCGUGGAACGUGUCUGAAUGUGGAGGUCUGUGCCAGCCCGGUGAGUACUCCCCCGACGGCUUCGCUCCCUGCCAGCUCUGUGCCCUGGGCACGUUCCAGCCGGAAGCCGGCCGUACUUCCUGCUUCUCCUGUGGGGGGGGCCUCCCCACCAAACAGCUGGGAGCCACUUCCUUCCAGGACUGUGAAACCAGAGUUCAGUGUUCACCCGGACACUUCUAUAACACCACCACUCACCGCUGCAUCCGGUGCCCCGUGGGCACGUACCAGCCGGAAUUCGGAAAUAACUACUGUGCUUCCUGCCCAGGAAACACGACGACAGACUUUGAUGGCUCCACAAACAUUACCCAGUGCAAAAACAGGAGGUGUGGAGGGGAGCUGGGUGAGUUCACGGGAUACAUCGAAUCCCCAAACUACCCCGGCAACUACCCCGCCAACACUGAGUGCACCUGGACCAUCAACCCGCCCCCGAAGCGGCGCAUCUUGAUCGUAGUCCCCGAGAUCUUCCUGCCCAUCGAGGACGACUGCGGCGACUACCUGGUGAUGCGGAAGACCUCCUCCUCCAAUUCCGUGACAACCUACGAGACCUGCCAGACCUACGAGCGCCCCAUCGCCUUCACCUCCAGGUCAAAGAAGCUGUGGAUUCAGUUCAAGUCCAACGAAGGGAACAGUGCCAGAGGGUUCCAGGUCCCAUACGUGACGUACGACGAGGACUACCAGGAGCUCAUCGAAGACAUAGUGCGGGAUGGCAGGCUCUAUGCAUCUGAGAACCACCAGGAAAUACUGAAGGAUAAGAAACUGAUCAAGGCCCUGUUUGAUGUCCUGGCCCACCCCCAGAGCUAUUUCAAGUACACAGCCCAGGAGUCCCGAGAGAUGUUCCCAAGAUCUUUCAUCCGGUUGCUUCGUUCCAAAGUGUCCAGGUUUCUGAGGCCUUACAAAUGACUCUGCCCACAAUGGCUCUCAGCGCGAAUGUCCCACUGUGGGCUUGGGGGGACAGAGCCGUCUGCCUCCUGCGUGCCAGCACACGGUCAGAUAUCACUGCCUCCACUCCCAGUGACUCGUCACAGUUCAAUUUGUAUAGAUAAUACAAAUAUUUUGGU